AUGGGCACAUCGCAUCAGGCCUCCAGCCCCUUCACAGCAAGACAAGUUUACGAUAAUCUCCCUCUAGCUCAAGGUUCUCAGUACAUACGAGUGCUUGAUGUUCACAAGAGUGAUCCAGCCGAUAGUGAUCGGCUCACAGGCACAUUACGCACAGUUGAUCUACGGGCUCUACCCAAGUUCACUGCGCUUUCGUAUGUCUGGGGCCCAGGUUCUUACCAUAAGAUUGCCUGCAACGGUUGCGAUAUCGACAUCACACAAUCCUGCUAUGAGGCAUUGACGUCCCUUCGAGAAUCGUGCCAGUCACUGACAAUCUGGGUUGAUGCAAUCUGCAUCAACCAGGGGGAUAACAGCGAGAAGGAACAGCAAAUUAUGCUGAUGGGUAGUAUCUACACAUGUGCAGAAAUCGUUUAUGUUUGGCUGGGUGUCGGGAAUACGAAAACUGAUCAGGCUGCUGAGUAUAUCGGCGCCAUCUCACAAUUUCGCCUAUUCCCUGCUAAAGUACCGGGAAGCUCUCGCGGCAAUCCUCAGCGCAACCUUUCCAGCCGCCUUAUUGAAAUUGGUCGAUAUACACUGCCCCUUGCCUUUCGAAACUUGUGUAUUGAGCCCCUCAUUACCGAACGAUAUAAAAAAGGUACAUUCCGUUCGUUCAUUCAUGCCAUGCCAUUCGCAAGAUUAAAAUACGCAGAUCAAAUCGGUGAGUCCAUCCUUUACAAGGCAUUUUCUUUGAGUGUGCGUGUGAUAUCAUGUUUGAAACUGACUCUAGUAGAGCAACUGUCCAGCCUUCCAUUUGUCAGCCAGGACGUGAUUAAUACACUUCUGGAACAAACCUGGCUUUCUCGCGGCUGGACGUUUCAGGAAAUGACGCUCGCAUCAAACCCCAUUCUCGUUUAUGGAAGACAGCAUAUUCCCUGGCUGGUCAUGCAUCAAGCCCUGACAUUCAUCGAGCAUUCGGCAACGCAGGCAUUAAUUGAUCCAGUCAACAGUGUGGUCAGCGAGAUUCAGCGACGAGUACACGAUGACGUAUCCCACUCAGACUCCUUCAAAAAGUGGCAAGCUCUUUUCGAUGUCUGGCAGACUAUUCCACGCCAUUCCAAGCGGAGUAGCUGUUGGCGCAGUAGUGUGCAGGAUAGCAGCUGUUCAGUCCAUGAUUACGUUCAGUCUUUAGAAACAGACAAAGUUUUCCGGUUGAAAAGCUUCGUUCGGCUGAGCCUGGGUAUUUAUCAUAUAGCACUGGUUCUCGUCCUCUCCUUCAUCACGGCCUUCAUGAAUAUCUUUCAGCUUUUUGUCUUGGCCUUCGUGCCAAUUUUUUUUUCAUAUUUCACGGAUAACUUGACAAAGUGCUCUUUCGACUGCAUACAGGGUUCUAAGGCUCGAAUGUACAGUCUGAUCUGCCAUGUUAGUCUCCAACCACAGAAUUAUCUUGUUGCUCUUGCACAAGCUAUUAGGGACCGUAAUUCGAGACGGCCACACGACCGAGUAUAUGCGAUCGAUAGCGUACUGCGGCAGCUCGGCGCACAACCGCCUACCCCCGAUUAUCAGAAACCACUUGGCCAAGUUUAUCGCGAUGGCCUUGUCAGUUUGAUGGAAUGGAACCCCACUCUAAUUGCAUUACUUGUCGAUUGCGGCUGUCGUCUUCCGGAUGCUCCCAGCUGGGUUCCCGACUGGAGCCAAAAUAACAAGAGUUGGGUGCCCGACUCCUAUGUCUAUCAUGGUGUUGAAAAACGGCCAUCGACUGACCAAGAUCUCGCUCAUUCGGUUUCUGGAAAUACCCUAUCAGUGCAAGCCGCAUGUCUGGGCAUGUCAAGUUACUGCUUGACGCUAGAAAAAAGCGAGGUUGACGAACUCAGGAGCAAUGAGGUGACAACGAAUGGCAAGCCUGUUAAUAAUGUGCAGUUUCUGGCCCAAUGGGUUUUACGUAUCAGAAAGGAUACACUCAUUUUCAGAUUGCAUGAGUCUAUACCAUGGACCAUCAUGCUUACACUGGCCGGUCGACCUAUACUUCGCUCUGAGAUUACCUCAGAACAAGAAGAUACUUUCAGACGUAUGUUUGAGAUAAUAACACAACUGGGUAUCGAAGUGGAUAGCAUGCCGGGGGAUGCUGCAGCUGUUGUAACAGCUGCAACAAGGGCAUUGGAGGCUAUCUGCCAGAGUGAAGGCUGCAGCAAGCUUUUCCUAGAUACUUGCACUCGAAUAGCGGGAAGGCGGGGCUUGAUUGUUUCAGACAAUGGCUUGAUUGGAUCAGGUCCAAUUUCAAUAAGACAAGGGGACACUAUCUCCCUAAUCAAAGGUAUUCCAGUUCCAAUGGCGCUGCGGAAGGUCGGCGAGGACUAUCAGGUGCUUGGGCCUGUGUUUAUUGAUGGAUUUAUGGGACUUCCCACUGAAAACUCACAAAAGAUGAAUCUUGACUGGGGGGUUCUUAGGUUGGUGUAA